GGAACGAUCAAGAUCAUGAAUUAAUAAUUUUGCUAAUACUAAACAAUCUUGCUAUGUAAUUCAAGAUGAAAAAUACCGAGUGAAUUUUGCCAUUUGUCUAGUAGGACGGUCAGUCUUCCACACAGUGUUGGCGAGUGAAUAUCGGCCGAUUCGACCAUGGACGAGGCAAAUAAAUUCAACCAUCUCUACACGUUUUCUUUCAUCACCAAACACAACGCGCAAUUUUUUGACCGAGUCGCGCACAUCAACGACGUCCCAAGAGAGCACCGAUUUCUGCACAGUUUCUGCCAAAAGAAGGCCGUUCCUACCCCGACAAUCGCCAACAUUCGCGAGGUUGUUGAAAAUUGCGGAAUGCUCGACGACUCGCAGGAUGAGUUGAUCUGGUCGCUGCGAUUGCGGCGGCAGUUCAACUCACGCAUGUCCCAGUGCUUCCUCUACGCCAUCGCCCUGAAGCAAUUGUCGGACAACCCAAACGAGGAGCGCCUUCCGAUUUUCUACCACUACAAUUUGCUCUUCUCCCUGGCCUAUGAAUUUUAUAAAAGAGUGGAAGCGGGUGACUGGGAGGUUGAGCCAACGACGAGUCAAAGUCAAAGUCACGAUGACUCCAUAGCUGAUCAAGACGAACCCGAGCCAAAACGAGCUUGGCUUUUACCUGCCAACCGCUAUCCUGCUGGUACUUCCAAUGCCCUUGUUUGAGCAAAAAUGAUUC